GGGAGGUGGAGCUGGGGCAGGAUAAGAGCCAGGGCUCGGCGGGGACCGGGGCAAACCCCCAGCUGCCACCCCUGCACCCCGAGAGCCUCAGGGGGACGAGGACCCGCUGGAAAUGGCUGCGCUGUGCUGCAGGGUGCUGCUGCCCGUCCUGCUGCUGCCCUGGGUGAGCACCGGGCAGGGGCUGAGCCUCCCGUGGGACCCGGCGGUGCCCGAUGCACCGGCACGCUUCCCCUGGGACGGGGGCGAGCCGGCCGCCUGGGAAAACAUGGGCACCAAGGGGCUGCUGCAGGGUCUCCCCAAAAGAAGCGACCCCAACUCCGUGGAAGGCUCCGAGCCGGACCAAGCCAAAGCCACCCUGCUGCUAGAGGAGUCCAUGAGAAAAGCCUUCCCCUGGCUGGCGAGCCCCGGGGCCGGCGGGCACGCGCCGGUAAAAAAGAGCAGCGCGGCGAAAAAGGUGUCCCUGUCCCUCGACGUCCCCACGCACAUCCUGAAAAUCCUGCUCGACCUGGCCAGGGAGAAGGAGCUGCAAGCCAAGGCGGCCGCCAACGCCGAGCUGAUGGCCCGCAUCGGGCGCAGGAGGUGACGGCCCAGCCUUCCAGAGAGCACCCGCGGCACCGGUGGCCGUCCCCGUGCCGGCACCAACCCCAGCCCCAACCUCAGAGCAAACUCAUCCCCGGGACGCGCUGCCUGGGGGGGGCUGGCGGUGAGCAAGCAGCAGCCAUGGAGGGGGUGUGUUAAUGACCCCAAAAUCGGGCAAAGGAGCAGCUGGGGCUGGCACCCCCAUGCCAGGCAAGGUGGCCUCCUCGUCCCCAUGCCACCGCUGCUGGCGUGCCCCAAAAGGACACAUCCGCACCACGGACACACGGGUUUUCCAUGUACCUUCUGUCUG